AUGUGGCUCACAUUGAUCCUUGCUCUGGUUGGGUCUGCCGUCGCUCCGCCAAGAAAUCUGGGCGAGCUUUGCAUCGGCGUUCAGUCAUGCAUAGUCAACUGUUUUGGGCAGCACGUCGUACCCGGCGCAUCCACGCCGUCGGCAUUUCGGGUCUAUUCAGGGCCGACCAAGACACUCUUUCGCGCCCUUCUCCAGCCUGUGAAAGGAGUCCUCUAUGCGAACUGUCACAAGCAGAAAGAUCAGCCAUGGGCGCCCACAUGCUCGCUCGUCAAGUCGGAGAUGUCGCCUUCUCAACGAGACUAUGUCGUGGACGCCACUGCGACUUUUGAGAAAUUCGUUCAAGGCAGCUCAGAGGCGAUUGUUGCGGCAAUAUCGGAUUGCUGUGAGUUGACAUGGCAAGCGCGGAUGGAGUGGCGUCCUGGCAAAGCGGGCAAUUUUGCGGCAACAGUGCCUACUUUCAUUCUCCGUUGCACGAAUGCCGUGACAAUCCCCUCCCUCAGGACCGGGACACAAUGUCAAGACUCCUUCGCUGCGAGAACCACUUUCAGCUGCGAAUUGGACGAAGAUGGCGACAGCUGCGCUCUGUCAUCAGAGCAACGAACAGGCCAUGGCUGCCGUUUUAGGCUAUCAGAAAGCUCGUAGAUAGCUGUACUUAUAGUGAUGGCUGCAUUGCGUCGUCUCCGACCGGGUGUUUUGACAAGUAUGCGUUCCG